AUGGGUGAAGAAGGCACAAAAAAGAAUCUCGCGAACGAACAGAGUCACGUUAGUAAAACGACGAGUUUAAGUGGCCCGCUCGGUCCGAUUGAAAUCGAACGAGGCGACCCCUCCGGGCAACCGUUCGGCGUUUCUCUCAUCGUACUCGAUGAUGAGGAUGACGAUGAGAAAGCAGAGCAAAAGAAGAAGGAGUCAACGAGAUCGUUACACUUUUCUCUGUACGCGCCGAACGCGGAGAAAGUACAACUCGUGCUCUAUUUCGAUCGAGACGAGAGUAAGAACGACGCGUUAACCGAACCUACGAUACAGAUUGACAUGACGCGUAAAGAAGAAGAAGAUGAUUCAGAGGACGAUUCAGAAGACGAUAAAAAAGGGAUUUUUACGGUUCAGAUUACGAAAGGCGUACCUCUUCGAGGCGCGAGGUACGGGUAUCGAGUGUUCGGGCACAAUUCGAAAGAGAAUAAACAACGGUUUGAUGAUUCUGUGGUUUUGUUAGAUCCGUACGCUACGAUGGUGUCGUCCGGGAGGAAAUAUUUCGGGGAGGAGCAUAAAGCGAGGAAGGAACGCGACCGGCCGAAUCCACCGGAUAUGCUCGGGACGUACGAUUUCGAAUCGAAACCGUUCGAUUGGGAAAACGUGGAUCAUCCAAGAAUUAACGAGGAAGAUUCCGUGGUGUACGAGAUGACCGUUCGCGCGUUCACGAGAGAGGACGAGUCGAUGAACGAAAAUAUUCGAGGGUCCUUCUUAGCCAUCGCGGAGAAAGUGAAAUACUUUAAAGAUUUAGGCGUAAACGCGAUUGAGUUGUUGCCGGUGUUUGAAUUCGACGAGAUGGAAUUCAAACGGUUUCCAGACGAUCCAGACGAACGAUACCGAGCGCGAGCGCACAUGGUCAACACGUGGGGAUACUCGACCAUGUCUUUUUUCGCGCCCAUGUCGAGGUACGCCUCGAACGGCGGCAACGGUAUCGACGCCGCUCGCGAGUUUAAACACAUGGUCAAGACGUUGCACCAAGCCGGCAUCGAGGUAAUUUUAGACGUGGUGUAUAAUCACACCGGGGAAAGCACGGACGAUCGGCCGAACUUUUGUUCGUUUCGAGGCAUCGAUAACGCGAACUAUUACAUGAUGGACGAGAACAACGACUACAUGAAUUACACCGGGUGCGGCAACACGGUCAACGCGAACAAUCCGAUGACGAAAGAUUUCAUCUUGGCGAGUUUACGACACUGGGUUCAAGAGUAUAAAGUCGACGGGUUUCGAUUCGAUUUAGCCUCGUGUUUAACUCGAGACGAAAGAGGCAGACCUAUGGAAUCGCCGCCGCUCAUUCGAGAGAUUGCGAAAGAUCCUAUUCUGUCGAAAGUAAAACUCAUCGCGGAACCGUGGGAUGCCGCCGGGUUGUACCAAGUCGGCGAUUUUCCAAACUGGGACCAGUGGGCCGAAUGGAACGGGAAGUAUCGAGACACGUGUCGACGAUUUAUUAAAGGCACGGACGAUCAAAAGAAAGAUUUCGCGGACUCUUUGUUAGGCUCCUCGAGAUUGUACCGGAGGAACAACCGGAAACCGUUUCACUCGAUCAAUUUCAUCACCGCGCACGACGGGUUUACGCUCAACGAUGCCGUCUCUUACCAAUCGAAACACAACCACGACAACGGCGAAAACGGCAACGAUGGUGCCAACGACAACGAAAGUUGGAACUGUGGGCAAGAAGGCGAAACCGGGGAUGCGAACAUUAACAAUUUACGCGCACGACAAAUGAAAAAUUUCUUGAUGGCGUUGUUCGUCAGUCAAGGCACGCCAAUGUUGUUAAUGGGCGACGAGUACGGGCACACUCGGUUCGGGAACAACAACACUUACGGCCACGAUGAUCGACGGAACAACUUUCAGUGGAUGGAAAUGGAGAAAUAUAAAGAAACUCGGUUCCGUUUUUGUUCGAACAUGAUUAAAUUCCGGAAAGCGAACCCGUUGCUCGGAAGAAAAGAAUGGUUGGACGAUCGAAAGUGCAUUUGGCACGAAGACAAUUGGGACAACGAGGAAAGUAAAUUCAUCGCGUUCACCUUAGUCGACGACAUUUCCGGCAACAACGAAGAUUUAUACAUAGCGUUCAACGCGCACGAGUACAUGGUCCAAGCUUCGUUGCCGAAAAUUGAAGACGGCAUGAGUUGGCAUCGCAUCGUCGAUACGAAUUUAACCAGCCCGGAUGAUUUCGAUUUCAAAGGAUCGCAAAGAAUCGGGAGCGAAGGUAUUUAUAACAUAAGCGAGUGGGGGGCGGUCAUUUUACAAAAGAAACGAUAG